AUGAAUAUUUUUAGAAGUGAGAAUAUGGGAUAUUACCACUUGAUUCUUCCAAGAGAAUCAAGCUGGGAAGUAAUGAAUGAGUUAGGAGGACUAUCCCUUUUACAUUUUAUAGAUUAAAAUCCUGAUCUGCCAAACGUCAAUAAGGCAUUCACAAACUACAUUAAGAGAUGUGAUGAAGUUUUAUUCAAGCUAAACCUGAUAAAAAAGCAAAUGCAAAAUUUCGAUAAAGAAAUUAACAAGCCAGAUAAUUUCAAAGACUUGCAAGGAUAUUUUAACAAAAUAUUGCAAGAAAGGGAAAAAGCUGGAUAAACUUAUUUCGAAGAGAUAGAAGACUCUGUUUAUUAAAAAGCAACUUAGUUAGAAGAGUAAAUAAAUAACUACACAAAUUUGUAAGACAAAUAAGAUCAUCUCGUUGAGUAUAAAGAUGUUCUUAUAAAAGCAAAGACUAUUCUAGGUCCUUCUUUUUUUAAGAACUAAUAAGAAAUUGAUGAAGAAGCCAGCAUUUAGAGUGUAUAAGAAUCUGUGAGUGGAUUACAACAAAUUGAUAUAAAUUAAAGUUAAUUGAGUUUAGCUAUGAGAGAUAUGAACAUUCCCUUAUAAAAACAUCAUGGUAUAAAUAUAGAAUCCAAUUUAAAGCUUAACUAUGUUGUUGGAACUGUAUCAGAUAGUGAUGCAGCUAAGUUUUAGAAAACAAUUUUCAGAAUUACAAAGGGUAAUAGCUGGGUAAUAAUGCAAAAUUUAGAACAAAAACAAUAAAACGAAGUUUCAGCCAAUGUGAUGCCUUAAAAAGUUGGAAGAUCAGUAUUUUUGAUGUUGAUUCCGGGACAACAAGCUGGAUUUAUUAAUUAAAAAAUUUAAAGAAUAUGUGACUCUUUUGGCGUUAACAAAUAUCAAUUUCCAGAAACCCCUGAUAAAUAUGAGAAGAGGUUACAAGACUUAGAUAAUUAAAUAAGAGAUUCUCGUCACCUUUUAAAGUUGACAUAAAGAGAAAUAAAUGACUUCUUAGAAACAUUCUCAUAAAAUAGAAACGAUUGCAAAUGCUCCUACAUUGAAGAGCUAAUUUAUUAUAUUGAAAAAGAAAAACUCCUUUACACGAACCUAAACUACUUAAAAGCUUAAUCAACUCACUACCAUGGAAAUUGCUGGCUACCCAAAGAUGAAGAAGAAUCUAUACUUAAAGCAUUAUAGAAUAUCAGAUUAAGGUAUCCUCAUUUACCAAAUGGAUAAUUACAGGAAGUUAUCCCUGCAGCGGGUGUCCCUCCAACCUAUUUUAAAUUAAAUGAUUUCACUAGAGUGUUUUAGGUUAUUGUCAAUACAUAUGGUGUUCCAAGAUAUAAAGAAGUAAAUCCUGGACUCUUUACAAUAGUUACAUUUCCUUUCUUGUUUGGAGUCAUGUUCGGAGAUAUUGGUCAUGGUUUUUUACUCUUCGUAAUAGGAUGUUACUUAUGUUUAUGGAAGGAAAAAAUAGAAAACGAUCCAAGUAGUACGUUUAAAUUAAUGUUACCUGCUAGAUAUAUAAUAAUAAUGAUGGGUUUCUUUGCAACUUUUUGUGGUUUAAUUUACAAUGAAUUCUUUUCAAUAGUAUUUAACAUAUUUGGAAGUUGCUAUAAUCUAGAAGAAAUAAAUGGUACUUAAACUAUAACUAAGAUACCUGACUGUGUCUAUGAUUUUGGUUUUGAUCCCAUUUGGAUGUUGACAUCUAAUAAUUUAACAUUUUAGAAUUCUUUUAAAAUGAAAUUUGCUGUUAUUAUUGCUAUUAUUCAUAUGAGCUUAGGUAUUUGUAUGAAAGCUUUCAAUGCUAUUUUUUUCAAAUCUAAAGCUGACUUUUAUUUUGAGUUUCUACCUUAAUUAUUGUUCCUUCUCCUAACAUUUGGUUAUAUGGAUUUCCUUAUCAUAAUAAAGUGGGUAUAGAAUUGGACAUAACAUAUAUUAGAAGCAAAUCCUCCUCCUUCUAUUAUUACACUUAUGAUUAAUAUUCCAUUAAAAGGAGCAGAUCCUGCUGGUGCUGCACUAUUUGGACCUAGUGACGCUGGCAUAUAAAAAAGCAUUGGAAUAAUCUUUUUAUUGAUUGCUAUAGUUUGCGUUCCAAUAAUGCUGCUUCCUAAACCUUUUAUAUAGAAUUAUAUAAAUAAGAAAAAACAUCAAGCCUUAAAUGGAGACUUGGACGAUCACAACUAAGACAAAAAAUAUUUGAUAAGAGAAGAACAUAAGAGUGAAAUAUCUCCUAGACAUGAUAGCCAACAAGGUCAUAACAAUUUACAAGAAAUUCCUCUUGAUGAUCUCUAAAAGGAUCUAGAAUAAUAUCAAAAGAAUAUUGAAAUUCAUCAUAAUGUAAAUAACGAGUAAAUUAGUGAUGACCACCAUAUUGAAGUAGGUGAACAUGAAGGAUUUGCUGAUUUAUUUGUUCACUAAGUUAUUGAAACUAUUGAAUUUGUUCUUGGUUCAAUCUCAAAUACAGCUUCAUAUUUAAGACUGUGGGCUCUAUCUCUUGCUCAUGGUUAACUUUCAAGGGUUUUCUUCCAAAAAGCUCUUCAACCUUUUAUUGAAAUGGAUGGAGGAGUAUAAAUUAUAGCAUUGAUUAUAGGUUAUUAUGUUUUUGCUCUAGUUACAUUCGGUGUACUUAUGUGCAUGGAUGUCAUGGAGUGUUUCUUGCAUGCUUUAAGACUUCACUGGGUUGAAUUCUAAAGUAAAUUUUAUAAAGCUGAUGGUUAUGCUUUCGUUCCCUAUUCGAUCGAAAAGCAUUUUAUAGAACUAUCAUAAAGUAAAGAUGCUUGA